AUGACUACUGCUGCAGGAGGCAGAGGUGGUGGGACGACUAUUGCUGCAGGAGGCGAAGGCGGUGGGGCGACUGCUGCUGCAGGAGGCGGUGGGAUGACUACUGCUGCAGGAGGCAGAGGCGGUGGGACGACUAUUGCUGCUGGAGGCGAAGGCGGUGGGACGACUACUGGUGCAGGAGGCGGAGGCGGGCUCCCGGUCACCGGUAGCAUGCUUGCCGGUCUGGACCGGCACGCUUUUUGCCGCACAGCACCGGCAUUGUGUGUGCGCUCUUCAACAAACUAUAUGUUCUCAUCAAUCCCGGCCGGGAUGCCGAUCACCGGCAUCCCGGUAACCGGGACUGUGUGUCCCUAG